AUGCAGAUCUUCGUCAAGACCCUGACGGGCAAGACCAUCACGCUAGAGGUGGAGUCUAGUGACACCAUCGAGAAUGUGAAGGCCAAGAUCCAGGAUAAGGAGGGCAUCCCGCCUGACCAGCAGCGAUUGAUUUUUGCGGGCAAGCAGCUGGAAGACGGCCGCACCCUGGCCGACUACAAUAUCCAGAAGGAGUCCACCCUGCACCUGGUGCUGCGCCUGCGUGGCGGCAUGCAGAUUUUCGUGAAGACGCUGACGGGCAAGACCAUCACGCUGGAGGUGGAGUCUAGCGACACCAUUGAGAAUGUGAAGGCCAAGAUUCAGGACAAGGAGGGCAUCCCGCCUGACCAGCAGCGCCUGGUCUUUGCGGGCAAGCAGCUGGAGGAUGGCCGCACCCUGGCCGACUACAACAUCCAGAAGGAGUCCACCCUGCACCUGGUGCUGCGCCUGCGCGGCGGCAUGAUGAUCAAGGUCAAGACACUGACGGGCAAGGAGAUUGAGAUUGAUAUCGAGCCCACAGACACCGUGCAGCGCAUAAAGGAGAGGGUGGAGGAGAAGGAGGGCAUUCCGCCCGUGCAGCAGCGCCUGAUUUUUGCGGGCAAGGCCAUGAACGACGACAAGAUGGCCAAGGACUACAACAUCGAGGGUGGCAGCGUGCUGCACCUGGUGCUGGCGCUACGCGGCGGUUGCUGA